AUGCAAGAGUUCAGAAGAAAGAAAAGUAGGAAUUCUUUACAGGGUCAUUUUGGCGAAAGGAACCUUCAUUGUGAACACCGCGAACAUGAACUUCCUCCUUCACACCACCUGGAGGAUGAUGGAAACACGGAGAGGAGGGAUGUCCAUGAGGACCCCAAAUUAAGACGCAUUCCUUGUACCAUCCGACGUAACAGGAGGGGAGUGAAAUGGCAUAAUGCAGACGAAAUCCGUUUCUCUGUGUGGAGAAAUAGAAAACCUCCAGAGAGAGCACUGAAGAAGAACAUACGACACAGAGCCAGGAGGAGCUGGUACAGGGUCACAAUUCCUUAUGAGAGAAAGUACGACAAGGCAUGGCUACUGAACUCAAUCCAGAGCCAUUGCAGUGUCCCCUUCACACCUGUUGAUUUCCAUUAUGUCAAAAACCGGGCCCAGUUCUUUAUCCAGAAUGCUAAAACUGCUUCCGCAUUGAAGGAUGUCAGCUACAAGAUUCGUGAUGAGGACGACCGAAAGAUAUCUAUGUUUGUCAGUCCUUCUGGUGUGCCCUACUCUAUACAAAAUAAGUUGAAGCCCGAGCAAAUGGAGCAUCUAGAGCUAACCUUGAAAAAACGAUAUAAUGAUGGCCAGCAAGUUCUUGACCUCCAGAAGCUCCGGUUGGACCCAGAUCUGGUAGGUCAUAAUAUAGACAUAAUCCUGAAUCGAAGAGGCUGCAUGGCUGCCACCCUGCAGAUCAUUGAGAAGAAUUUCCCUGAGUUAUUGUCCUUGAACUUGCACAGCAACAAACUAUACCGGCUGGAUGGCCUGUCUGACAUUAUAGAGAAGGCCCCCAAUGUCAGGAUCCUGAAUCUCUCCAAAAAUGAGCUGAAGUCAGCUUGUGAGUUGGCCAAGGUGAAAGCACUGAAGCUGGAAGAGCUGUGGCUAGAAGGGAACCCCCUGUGCAGCACCUUCCCAGACAAAUCUGCCUACAUAAGAGCCAUCCGGAAUUGUUUUCCAAAAUUGUUACGUCUGGAUGGACAAGUGUUACCCUCACCAAUUAUUGCUGACAUUGGAAUCCCUGAGUUAAUAAAACCCUGCCAGGAUAGCUAUAAAGGAUCUGAUAUUAUAAAGAGUCUAGUUGUAGAAUUCCUACGUCAGUAUUAUUUCAUCUAUGACUACGGAGACAGGCAGAGUCUCCUCACUGCUUACCACGAUGAUGCCUGCUUCUCGCUGGCCAUUCCCUUAAGCCGCAAGGACCCAGCUUCGAGCAGCUUUUGUGAAUAUUUCAAGGAAAGCAGGAAUAUGAAAAUGGUCAAGAACCCCUACCUGAGGAGGCAGCUGCUGAAGCACACAAAAAGUGACAUCGUGGAUACCCUCAGAAUGUUGCCCAGAACGCAGCAUGACCUCAGCUCCUUUCUGGUGGAUGUCUGCUUCCAGACAGAAAGGAUGCUCUGCUUUUCUGUGAAGGGGGUGUUCAAAGAAGUAGAAGGAAAAUCUCAGGGAUGUUUUCGAGCUUUCACCCGGACAUUCAUUUUUAUCCCUGCCAGCAAUUCCAGUAUAUACAUUGUGAAUGAUGAGCUGAUUGUGAGGAAUGCCAGCCUCAAGGAGAUCCAGAGCGCCUUAUUCAUCUCGGUGCCCAUAUCCUGCUCCAGUUCCCUGCUCGUCCUCCCCCAGGAGCAGCAAAAAAUGGUGCAGGCUUUCUCCAUGCAUUCUGGGAUGAAACUCGAGUGGUCUCAGAAAUGCCUUCAGGACAACGAAUGGAACUACAGCAAAGCUGGUGAGAUCUUCACUCUGCUCCAGGAUAAGGGCAAGAUCCCAGAGGAGGCCUUCCAACCAAUCCCCUGA